AUGAUGGCCUUCAAUCUCCAUUUCUUCCCCACGUUUACAGCGUCCAGCCCCAUCGUUGCCAACCAUACCUCCGUUCCAACUCGUCUCAAGCAGAUCGCUGUUGGUCUGCAAGAAGCCGGUCUACGGUUGGGUGACCGGGUGUUGAUCUUCUCGGGCAACAAUAUCUACUUCCCCGUCAUUUUCCUCGGUGUUUUGAUGGCUGGCGGCAUAGUGACCGGCGCGAACCCUGGAUUCAAGCCGAGGGAGAUUGCCCAUCAACUCCGCGAUAGCGGUGCCUCUUUCAUGGUCGCGGCGGCUAGCAAUAUUCAAACGGCCACGGAAGGCGCUAGCGAGGCUGGCCUGCCGGCGCGAAACGUCUUUGCUUUCGACACGACCAUUCCCGGAUCGGCGUCAGUGGAGAUUCCAGCGGCCCACGGGGCGAGGCACUGGACCGAACUCCUCGCUCCUCGGGAAAGGGCAGAGAAGUUUGACUGGGUCGAGCCUGCUGAUGCCCGCACCACGACCUGCUGCCUCAACUACAGCUCGGGAACCACGGGCCUGCCCAAGGGCGUAGAGAUUUCCCACUACAGCUACGUAGCCAACGGAACCGGCGUGAUCAAGCUUGCGGAACAGAAGCCAGACUAUCCUGACUUUACCAAGCGAUCUGGCAUCCCUGUGUACAUCAUGCCUUCGUUUGACUUCCCAAAGAUGCUUUCCCACAUCGCCAAGUACAGGGUCACCCACCUCGUCGCCGUGCCUCCCAUUCUCGUCCUCCUGGCAAAGCACCCGCUCACGCCCAAGGCCGAUUUAAGCAGCCUUGAGAUCGUGGGAUCGGGCGCUGCCCCCUUGGCCCUCGAGAUUGCCCACGAGACCCAGAAUCUGCUUCCGAGAGACAUUUACGUCCGACAGGGAUGGGGAAUGACCGAGGUGACGUGUACCUGCCUUGCCUGGGAUGGCUCCAACGAUUCCGGCACGAGUGGCGCCGUGGGCGAGCUCAUGCCCAACUGCCAGGCCAAACUCAUGAGCCUCGACGGCACGACCGAGAUCACAAAAGCGGAGACUCGUGGUGAGCUCUGGGUCACGGGCCCGACACUGAUGCGCGGGUACUGGAAGAACGCCAAGGCGACUCAAGACUCCACCUCGGUGGAUGCCGAUGGUACGAGGUGGCUCAAGACGGGCGACAUCGCCUACGUUGAAUCCUACAAGCCGGGAACCCUCUUCCACGUCGUGGAUCGGCUAAAGGAGCUUAUCAAGGUGAAGGGACGACAGGUCGCACCCGCUGAACUUGAAGCCUUGCUUCUAGAGCAUCCCGCCGUUGCCGAUGUCGCCGUCAUCGGCGUCGACAUCGAGGGCGAAGAAAGACCGAGGGCCUACAUUGUGCCGAAGGAGGGUCUCAAUCCCUCCGGAGGCGAGAUUGCGAGUUGGGUUGAGACCCGCGUGGCGCCCUACAAGAGGCUCACAGGUGGUGUUAUCUUCACCGAUAUCAUACCAAAGAACCCGUCCGGUAAAAUCCUUCGAAAACUUCUCCGGGACCAGGCAAAGGCGGAGGUCCAGAAGGCGAAGCUGUAA